AUGUUUUUAGCUGGCAGCGACACAUUCUCCUCAACUGUGGAAUGGGCGAUAUCACAACUCAUUAUGCAUCCCCAUGUCAUGAAAAAGUCACAAGCAGAGGUGAGACAGGUUCUCGAUAAAAAAGGAAUGAUCCAUGAAGCGGGACUUCAAGAAUUAUCAUAUCUCAAAGUGGUUGUCAAAGAAAGUCUCAGAUUAUACCCUCCUGCUCCAUUGCUAGUUCGCCAAGGAUUUCAAGAAAGCGUGUUGAUUGCGGGAUACCAGAUACCGAAAAAAUCAAAGAUCAUGAUCAAUGUAACGGCCAUCAGCCAAGAUCCUCGUAACUGGACGGAACCCGAAAGGUUUUAUCCAGACAGGUCUUCCAACAAAACUUUUGAUCACAAAGGCCCAAACUUUGACUACAUACCGUUUGGAGGUGAGAGGAGAAUAUGCCCUGGAAUAUCUUUCGGCUCGAUCGUUGUUGAUUUUCUGUUAGCGAGUCUGCUCUAUCAUUUUGAUUGGAAGCUCCCGAAUGGAAUCAAACCUCAAGACCUUGAUAUGUGCGAAAAAUUCGGCUCAGUGGUCACGAGGCAAAAUCAUUUGCAUCUCAUUCCUAUUGCCUUUACAAACCCUAAAAUGGGCUGUGUAAUUAUCUGCUUCUUGCGGAGGCGUACUAGGACAAGAGUACAUAUAUAUGCAAGCUGA